GGCGGGGGCGGAGGCGGAGGCGGAGGCAGUGCCAGUGCCGGCCCCAGGGACACCGUGGCGGCGCCGGGGGGGGCCGCCCCUGCCGCCCCCGGCCCGGCGGGGGCGGGGGCGGGAGCGGCCGCCGCAGUCUGGUCCUCCACCGCGACCGCCGUCUCCUACCCGGCCGUGACGACGGCCGUGGCCGGCGACGCCCCCAACGCGACGCUGAGCGCCUUCCUGGACAACGAGACGGCGUCGGUGGCGGGCGGCGUGGGUGUGGCCGGCGUGGGCGACGCGGCCGCCGGCACCUUCUGCCUCGAGUGGGAGGCGGCGCAGCACAACCUCUUCCAGACGGCCAACCUCUUCUUCGCCGCCGCCUUCCUCGUGCCGCGCUCCUUCAAGCAGAGCCUGCUCGUCCUCAGGGGCCUGCUGUGCGUGGGCUUCCUGCUGUCGGCGCUGUGGGCGGGCAUCCACGUGUGCUCGCCGGACGUGUUCGCGUGGAACGCCGGCCUGGUGCUGCUGAACGCGGCGCACUCUGCGCUGCUGGGCGCGCGCUUCCUGCCGCCGCCGCUGUCGCCCGAGCUGGCCGACGUCUACACGCGGCUGUUCCGGCCGCUGCGCGUCUCGCGGAAGCACUUCAAGGAGCUGGCGCGCUGCGCCCGCCUGCUGCGCUGCGCCGCCGGCGACACGUACGCCGCCGAGGGCGCCACGCCCGCCGACGAGCGCCUCUCCGUGCUGCUCAAGGGCAGGAUGCGGGUGAGCUGCGACGACGCCCACCUGCACUACAUCACCCCUCACCAGUUCAUCGACUCUCCAGAAUGGGAGGCCAACCACAGCAGCAGCGACGACCUCUUCCAGGUGACCAUCACGGCGGAGCAGGAGUGCGUCUACCUGUGCUGGAACCGGCUGAGUCUGGAGAGGGUGCUCAGGCACCGGCCGCUGCUCAAGACCGUGCUCGACUGCAUCAUAGGCAAGGACAUCACGCAGAAGCUGUACGCGCUGAACGAGCAGCUGAACGCGGCGAGCGCCGCCGAGGCGGAGGCCCGCCAGUGCGCGCUGCGGGCGUCGCGCGCCGCCGACCACUGGCGCCGCGCCAUGGCGCGCUCGCUCAGCGUCGACGCCGUCCACACGGGCGCCAGGGGCCACGUGCGCUCGCUGGCUUGGCAGCAGCGCCGCGCAUCCUCCAACUCGGGCUCCGACCGGGCGUCGCCCGGGAGGCCGACGCGCGGACCCUACCUGCAGGUUGUGGCCAACCACUUCCCCGCGACGUCGCCCUUUGCUGGCUACCACCACCCCUCGCCACCCCCGCCGCCGCCGCCGCUGCCUCCGCUGCAGCUGCCGCCCACACCCGCGCAGGUGGCGAGCGCCGAGCCCAGCUGCACGUCGCCGCUGCUGACGCCUCCGCCCGGCAGCGGUGAAAGGGGUCGCGCCGCCAGCGGGGGCGGCGACAGGACGCGCAGGGAGGUCAAGUUCGAGCUCUGACGUCAGCUGCCGGCGGAGCCGCGCGUCUUCACGUUCCCGCCGUGCGGCGGCGACGUCUACUGAGCGCGCUCUCGCCGCGCCGCGCCGCGCCGCGCAGCACACAACUUGGCCGGCACCUGGCCGCAGUAGCGGAGUGGCAGCUCGGCAGCGCAACUUCUCAGCUUCGGCUUUGGAGUCUGGCAACGGCCUCGUUAACGGCUUAUGCCAGUACGACCGAUCAUCUGACGAUUGUGUCGACGCCAUUUACAGUACCGAACAAGUUAAUCGGUGCAUAAACGACUGCGACAGCCACUUGUGACGAGCGAUGCGCCUGGCUCAGCAGACGACAAGGAAGUCGGGCAGCCACCCCUUCCGAACAAAGGGGGAGGGGCUCACCCGACGGUGUGAACGAGAGUUCAUUUCCGCACAUCGGACAAGUUAUUUUUCGCUAGCUGUACAUGUACACAUCUUCAUCUACACUCUGCAAAGUGCGUCUUCUCAUACUUGCCGCUCUCAGUAAUAUCAGCUGUGCUGCCACUGACACCUCCCACUUACGGUGUGCAAACUUCCACAACAAUCUUCUCUUCCAGUCAGUCACUCUAUGCCUAAAGUUAAUAAAACAGUACCAAAAGUGAAAAAAACGUUACUUUGGCAUAAACCAGUAACUGAAGAAUUUUGAGAUCUUCCAGAAUUUCUGUAUCCUGACUAUUGACAGAAAAAAAAUGACCCAACUGCACAGCUGCUUUCAAUCUGCCAGUAUCAUUAAACUGGGUGAAUGACUUUUGUAGUGUCAGACUCUGCAGUGUAGGCAUACCAACUGAGUCGAGUGUGAAAGUUGUAUUCGUUCGCGAAUAUGUAUAAACUCUACUAUUUUGAUUAAUGUGUAAUAUUUCGUAUCUGCAGUUUAACGCAGCAUACGUUAAGUGAGACUGUUCACAAUGGAGGAUCCAGUUUCCUCGUGCAACAAAAUAUGUAUCGAUGAUGCUCUUCAAUUGACUAGGGAAACUGUUUGUUAAAAUAAGUCCAAUAAUACGCAUUUUCACCUCUGUUGGUGAAAACAAAUACCAAAAAAAAACCUUGCAUCGAAGGUAAAUAUAAAACAACGCUUUAUCAUACCUCAUUCCCUAGAAUUUCCAGGAUAAUGAAAAGUAUCAGUUCAGUUUACACGUACACUACACCCGCAUGUAUUUGUGGCCAUUAUUCAGUAACUGAAGCUCUGGUGAAUGUUCUCUAACAGUGCAAGAAGCUAUUUUCCAGUCAUUCUUAUUUCACACAUGUAGAGACAGCCUGCAAAAUUACUAUAAAGUCAUCAUAUACACAAUAAAUGACCUCAAAUUACGACUGCAUGUAUUUAUCAGAUCAUAUGUGCAAAUUCUUUUUUUUUCUCUUAAUAGAAUGAAAGGAUGUACAUAGGCUUACAAAGUUGAGCUCCGCAGUGGUUCUUACAGUCAUGAACAAUAGCACCACAUGUACAUUUCUCAAACAGGGCAGCAGACGUUUCUGCUACAAAACAGUUGGCAGAAAUGUUUUAAGUCAUAAUGAACUUUCAUUGUUUGUUUUGACGUCCUGGCAGUCCAUGUUUCCGUAUUCAACAAGCGAAUGCAGAUCAUUUUAUUAUGCAAACAAUCGUUCUUUUUAAAAUCCAAAACUAUUUCAGCACCUUUGUGUCUUCAUCAUUGGCUAUUCUGGUCCAGUCCUGUAAAAUGAUAACGUAUGUUACAUGACCUACUAUAGUUACUUAAUAAUGAUUACUGAAAAUAUGUUUGCAUUUUACAAAACUGAACAAAAGUAUCUACUGACAAUUGGAAAAUGGAGCCUACUUUCUUACAAUAAUAUUCACUUAAAACAAGUUUUCAUUUUACAGAACUGAACAACAUCUACCACUGAUGAUCGCACAGAGCUUCUGAAAAAUAUCUAGGAAUUAAAAAGUAGAGUUUCUGGAUAGUACAAUGACCUUAAUUCCCAUAAACAAGUAAUUUUGUUUCUAUGUUCUAGUCCAAGUACUUUGUGGGCAUCUUAGUAAUACAUGGUGAGCAUUCGGCACCACUUUAAAGCUAUCACUGAAUUGUGUGUACAGCCAUAACAGCCAGCUGCAUAUAUUUUAUAGGGUGGGUAAAAAAUUAUGCAGUUAUCUGUUGUACUUUUGGUCAUAUUUUCUAUGGGCACUGCACAUUCCACUGACUCAACAACUCACAGAUUCUCUCCACACAAUUCAGUACCAGGGAAAUAUUUGUUUGACAUGUCUUGUAGUUUAAUCCAGGAACAAUUUUGUCGUUACAUGUUCAUUGUUAUGUGUGAUGGAGUAUUUUUAACACAUGGAAAAUGAUUUCACAUUUCCGAAUUAAUGUAUCUGUGAAAAACUGUCCUGCAAAAUUAUUGCUCAUUCUUCCACAAACUCCACAGGUGUUGACAUUCCACUUCAUGAAACCAUUGGGUAUUGUUUAUUGUUAGUGAGUAGUGGGCUACCAUCGUAGUGCUCUAAUGGAGUGGGCAAUGUUUGUGAAACAUAAUUUAAAUAUCUCAGAAACUAUGGAGUCAGAAUUGCAACAAAUCCAACUUGAUCCAAAUCAUUCCUCCAUUUUAAGAAUUAAAAUGCGGUCCAUCAUCACUGAAAUAAUUGUUUGGGUUAAAUUUGUGUUCUUAAGCAAUGUAUCUAUAGCACAUUUCAUAUGAGAAAUACUUGCAAUUGACAUUCUUGUGAAUCAUCACACCUAUGAUAAAUUAUUUUCACAAGUUAGCAACAAGUCAUCACUUAGACCAUGCUGAUUGUGUUAUUUCGCAGGCAUACCUGCUAUCUGCAAUUAAAACAUAAAAUGAUUAAUAACUAGUAAUUUAUAUAUUUAUUUUUAUUUAAUACAAACAGCUGCUGAGAAGCUAUUCCUUUAAAAAAUGUUAUUUAUUGUCUACUUAUGUUACUCAACUACUGUUAUCCUUUAAUACACACUAUGAUUAAUCCCUUGCUGCAUUUCUUCACUGUAAAUAUCAUUGUCUUCCUUGUAACACUUAUUUCUGUGCUUGUGGUGCUCAGGACACAUAUAUUUCUCUGAUACAUAGACCUUAACAUAUUCUAAUGUAGAUACUACAUUUCAAACAACUUUUUAUUACCUCUGAUAACUUGGUUCACAUUUAAUUUUAUAAACAUUAUGUGGCUCUGUAUUUGUUUAGAAGGUUCUCAAGUGAGCAACUGUAUACUCUCAGCAAAGGUCUCUGCCAUGUCAAUCAACAGACACUUCCAGAUUGUCCCCACUGAGACUGAGUGACUAAAAAAUCAGUAAUAAAUUCAUCUGUCUUAAUGAAAUGGAACAAGUCUCUUGAAUGCAUCAUAACUAGAGCUAUUUUACAUUGUCCUAGUAUUUAUUUAAUUAAAAUUUCUUUUGCUUGUUGUCAUUUCAAAGAGUAUAUGCACCACUUAUAUUUCUACAGCAGUUAUUGAUGAAAAACAUCAUGAUGUUCUACAAAAAUGUCCAUUGCACUACAAGCACUUUUGAAGUAGAUACUAUAACAGGAACGCCUAAGCCACAUUAAUGUAUGCCUAUUGGUUUAUUGGUCAAAUAUGAACUUUUAAUUUGAUUAUAAUGAAUAACACAUGUUUACUGAUCAAAUAUGAUUCAUUAUAAUGAAUAACAGCUGGACUUCAUGCAGUCGAACUGACGAUUCUUUUUAUUGAGGGAGCACUAACACUAAUAUAUUUGAAGGAAUGGAAGAUUUAUGCUAGUGGCGUAUGUAUACUUUGACACAACUAUAACCAACAAUGUCAGUUUCAAACUAAAAUGAGUAAUGGAAGAAAUUAGUACACAAAUGUAUAACAUUUGCUUUAAAAAUAUACGAACUUUAUGUUGUAGUUAACGUUAUCAUGUUGAUAGCAUCUCACAGCAACAAAAAACAGGAAACAAUACUACCAGUAAAAUGUCCAUUUGACAACAAACAUACAUUUUUACUUUUCUUAUCAUACUAUUCUGUACUUGACUAAAAGUACGUUCAAGCCUGAUAUGUAUGGACACUUGCUAAAAUGAUGUGAUCAUUUUCUUCUAAAGUCAACGAAAAAAGGAAGGAACUUCAUUCAGUGCAUGUUGCUCUGUGGUUUACUGUCAUUAAAGAUGUCUAGAAAUAUGUAACUGCAGAUAAGCAACAAAUAUAAGUCUGUGUUAUAUGCAGUGACUGCUAGUUUAAAUGUGAGAAGUGAAAGCUAACUAUGGCAGACAAUGAAUGUGUUCACAUGUGUUUCCAUAAGGACAAAGAGUGAUCUUGAAGUAAAGUAUUGCACAUGACCAGGUAAAAAUCUUGGACUUAGAAAAAAGAAUGUCAACGAUAUAUACAAGAUUAGUGUAAAUUAAAAGAUGUAUUUGUAUUCAACAAUUUUUUAAAAAGGGGUUAUUAAAUUUGAUAUAAAUGUGAUUUUUGUAUGUGUAUAAGCUUGCUAAUGUUCUAUAUACAUUUACUGAUCAUAGUAAUUCUACAAUAAAGCUGUGCAAAACAAUCAUUUUCCUUGAAACAGAUGUUACUCCAACCUCCCCAGAAGUCAUAUUGUUAACAACCAGCACGUGUGGCUGUUCUCUAUUUUCAUAAAAUUUAGUUACUAUCUUGGAACUUUUUUAUAUUUGCCUUUCAACAGUAACGCCAGAAUUUAGGUAAAGAAUAAGAUUCAAGUCAACACAAAUUAUAGAAUUUCUUCCUAGUAUAUACAAAGAAAGUAAGCUUUCGCUAUAGUUUCUCAUUUGAAAUUAACUGUUAUUACUAAUUUGCAUUUUUUUCAUAAAAUCACUUCAUGUAAUCAUAUUGUCUUGUCAAUAUGGAAAUCACUAAACAAUUUCUUGACACAGUUGCCUUAUUAUAACAAAGACUGCAAUACGUAAACUAAGUAAACUAAAUAUUAGGCUUGUCUCUACACUCAAGGGGUAGAAGUUCAUGAAACUCACUUUAAAGAGAUGUAACAAAGCAAAAAUAAUGAGAAUUAAUAGAACACCAUCUGCACACUUAACAUGAGAGACUGCUGUUGCUUUUCUAGUAACUCAUUUGUUUUAUGAAAACAUGAAUGCGAACAUCAUUGGGCAGCUACUUGAGGUUUGAAAAUGUUGCAUACAGAAUGAAAACUGUACUCAUGCUUCAGUAACAUUUAUUUUUAGUGCAUUUUCUGCAAUAAAUGUUGUAGCUGCAUGUUAGUUAUUGUCAUGUAAGUGAGCUUCUUCAUUAAAUGUGACGCCAUUACUCUUUAUGAUACUGUAAUGAUAUGUGCACAAUGGUGGCCUUCAAGUGGCAUGAAAUGAAAUGAAUCAAGACAUCCUAAAGUUUCCUCUUUCCUUUUUAAUUUAAUUCUAUAUACACCAGUGAACAUAUCCCCCUGUUAGAACAAAAAUAUUUGAUUGUUUUCACUUAAUUAUUUAAGAAUGAG